AUGUCGGAAGAUAAAACGUACAAACGUGUGGAGCAGGAUGAUCCUGUGCCCGAACUGGAUAUCAAGCAGGGCCCCGUAAGACCCUACAUUGUUACCGAUCCGAGUGCCGAAUUGGCAUCGUUGCGGACCAUGGUCACUCUAAAGGAAAAGUUGUUAGUGGCCUGUCUCGCUGUCUUUACAGCGGUGGUUAGGUUGCGUAGUCUGGCCUGGCCCGAUAGUGUGGUAUUUGAUGAAGUACAUUUUGGCGGGUUUGCCUCACAAUACAUUAGGGGCACUUACUUUAUGGAUGUGCAUCCUCCUCUUGCUAAGAUGUUAUAUGCUGGUGUGGCAUCGCUUGGUGGGUUCCAGGGUGAUUUUGAUUUUGAAAACAUUGGUGACAGCUUUCCAUCUACCACGCCAUACGUCUUGAUGAGAUUUUUCUCAGCGUCUUUGGGGGCACUUACUGUGCUUUUGAUGUACAUGACAUUACGUUAUUCGGGUGUUCGUAUGUGGGUUGCGUUAAUCAGUGCUAUUUGCUUUGCCAUUGAGAACUCGUACGUGACCAUAUCUCGUUAUAUUCUACUAGACGCUCCAUUGAUGUUUUUCAUUGCCGCUGCAGUAUACUCUUUUAAGAAGUAUGAAAUGUACCCUGCCAACUCGCUGAAUGCCUACAAGUCCUUACUGGCCACCGGUAUCGCUCUUGGUAUGGCUUCUUCGGCUAAAUGGGUGGGUCUUUUUACAGUUACGUGGGUGGGCCUUCUGUGUAUUUGGAGACUAUGGUUCAUGAUUGGGGAUUUGAGCAAAUCUUCGAAGUCCAUCGUCAAAGUGGCAUUCGCCAAACUGGCCUUUUUAUUGGGUGUGCCCUUUACUCUUUAUCUGGCUUUCUUCUAUAUCCAUUUUCAAUCUUUAUCGUUAGACGGUGAUGGUGCAAGUUUCUUUUCCCCUGAAUUUAGAUCUACAUUGAGAAAUAACAAGAUUCCACAAAAUGUCAUUGCUGAUGUCGGCAUUGGCUCCAUCGUCAGUUUACGUCAUGUAUCUACCAUGGGUGGUUAUUUACAUUCUCAUUCUCACAAUUAUCCAGCUGGUUCAGAACAACAACAAAUCACUUUAUAUCCUCACAUGGAUGCCAAUAAUGAUUGGUUGUUGGAACUUUACAAUGUACCCGGAGAAUCUUUAACAACCUUCCAGAACUUGACCGAUGGUACAAAGGUCAGACUAUUCCACACUAUUACACAUUGUAGAUUACACUCUCAUGACCAUAAACCACCUGUUUCCGAGAGUAGCGACUGGCAGAAGGAGGUCUCUUGUUAUGGUUACAGUGGCUUCGACGGUGAUUCUAAUGAUGACUGGGUCGUUGAAAUUGAUAAAAAGAAUUCCGUUCCUGGCGUUGCCCAAGAACGUGUUAUAGCUUUGGAUACCAAAUUCAGAUUGAGACAUGCCAUGACUGGCUGUUAUUUGUUUUCACAUGAGGUAAAAUUGCCAGCUUGGGGUUUUGAACAACAGGAAGUUACUUGUGCUUCUUCGGGUAGACAUGAUUUGACGUUGUGGUACGUCGAAAACAACAGCAACCCGUUGCUGCCAGAAGAUACGAAGCGUAUCUCCUACAAACCAGCAAGCUUCAUCUCUAAAUUUAUUGAAUCCCAUAAAAAAAUGUGGCAUAUCAAUAAAAAUUUGGUCGAUUCUCAUGUCUACGAAUCUCAGCCAACUUCGUGGCCAUUUUUGCUACGUGGUAUCAGUUACUGGGGUGAAAAUAACAGAGAUGUCUAUUUAUUAGGUAAUGCCAUCGUAUGGUGGGCAGUCACCGCUUUCAUCGGCAUUUUCGGAUUGGUUGUUAUUACUGAGUUAUUCUCAUGGCAAUUAGGCAAACCAGUCUUGACCGAUUCCAAGGUCGUCAACUUCCACAUUCAAGUUAUUCAUUACUUAUUAGGUUUUGCCGUUCAUUAUGCGCCAUCUUUCUUGAUGCAACGUCAAAUGUUUUUGCAUCAUUACCUACCUGCUUACUAUUUUGGUAUCCUUGCCCUUGGUCACGCAUUGGACAUAAUAGUUUCUUACGUUUUCCGUAGCAAGAAACAAAUGGGCUACGCGGUAUUGGUCACUUUCCUUGCUGCUUCUAUGUACUUUUUCAAGAGUCACAGUCCAAUUAUUUAUGGUACUCCAUGGACUCAAGAAUUGUGUAAAAAGUCUCAGUGGUUGUCUGGUUGGGAUUACAAUUGCAACGCAUACUUUUCUUCUUUUGAAGAAUACAAAAACCAAACUUUGACUAGACGUGAAUCUCAACCUGCUGCUACUAGCACUGUUGAGGAAGUUGUUAUAGAAGGAGACGGUCCAUCAUACGAAGAUCUCAUGAACGAAGAAGGCAAGAAAAUCUUCAAAGACACAGAAGGCAAUGAGCUAGAUCCCGAAGUCGUCAAAAAGAUGUUGGAAGAAGAAGGUGCAAAUAUAUUAAAAGUAGAAAAAAGGGCUGUUUUGGAGUAG